UCCAGGCAGCCGGCAGCGGAUAGUGUGAUAAGUAAUCUUAAAACUCCUUUAGCUAACGUUUUGCCUUUUUGUCAUUUAGCGGAUGAAGAUUUUCAAUCAGCGCUUUUUGAACAGCAAAAUGGCGUAAUUAGAUUCGAUCAUGAUCGAAUAGAAAAUCUUAAAUUCAACCCCUUACUUUCUGAAACAAACAAGCAACUUAGCUUAUGCGUUAAUAAUGAUCCCGAUGCAAAUUUCUAUUCAUCGUUUUCAUGUGACUACUACAUCGAGGAUCAAUUUAACGAAUUAGUGAAUAGUAAGACGGAAAAGGGGUCUAUUUUACAUUUGAAUACCCGAAGUUUGUCCGGUAAUUUUGAUAAGGUAACCAAUUUACUGUCAACAUUGAAUUUAACUUUCUCAAUGAUAGGAAUUAGUGAGACUUGGCUAAAAAAUGUUUGUCAUUCUUGUGACAUUCCAGGCUACAAUUAUGUUCAUGAACCACGCAAAGGCAGAACUGGGGGAGGUGUUGGCUUGUAUCUAAAACAGGUAUUCGAGUUUAAAUGCCGCCCGGAAAUAUGCUUUUCUGAUACCUGCGCGGAAUCCUUAGUUGUUGAAAUAACUCGUCAAAAGGAAAGAAACAUUAUUGUUGGCGUUGUCUAUAGACCCCCAGAAAAAGACGUACAAGAAUUUUGUGAUGAACUAGAUCAAAUUCUUUUAGUCAUCUCUAAAAAUAACAAGUUGUGUAUAUUAAUGGCCGAUUGGAAUUUGGACCUAAUGAAGCAUGAUACCCAUCGUUUAACUGCUGAAUUUUUGGACAUAAUGUAUUCUAAAAUGUUUUUUCCUUUGAUAACGCGCCCAACAAGAAUAACUUCUCAUACCGCUACACUUCUUGACAAUAUCUUUAUUAACGACCACGAUAGUUUCAGUAAAAGCGGGGUAUUGUUUUCGGAUGUAUCUGAUCACUUACCAGUUUUUACUUUACUUUCAGAAAAUAUUAAUGUUGUUGAUCACAAACAAUGGACAUUUUAUAGAGAAAAAUCCGCCACCAGCAAGGCGAAAUUUAGAUCUGAACUAGAAAUGCACAGUUGGGAUCAUAUCCCUGAUGAUGAUCCUUGUAGUGCAAUUUCUUAGAUACGUUUACGACGAUUUAUAGAAAAUAUUUGCUUGCGAAUAGACUUUUUAUGCUUUCCCACGGGUUAUUCAAAUUAAUGCUAUAAUAUUAUAAUCGGAACCCUGUGCAGUAUAAUUCAUUGAUGGGGACCCUGUGUUAUUGUUAUAUAACAACUGUCCACACGUGACUCCUGUUGGGGAUGCAUUGCAUUGACCCCUAUCCAUUAGCACUAGGCUAGGGAAACACUCGUGCACGGUGUCAUUUGCUGCCAGUCGCCGAAGGAUCCGCUAAAGUUUUUCGAUAGAUUUGUACUAUUUCCCUAUAGAAGUAGACCAUGCCUAGGAAACGCCGACCACCACCACCUCCAAUUCAGCCAGCUAAAAGGCCUAGAUCUGCUCGGCUGCAAGCAAGGAGAACCGGGUCAAUGGUCGACCCUCCACCAGCCGUUAACAACACGGAGGAAAUUGUCGCACCACCAUCAGCCGUAACACGCAACCUUGUCACCAGACACGUUGGAGAUGAUCAUUUCAACGGUCACAACCAGGGUCACGGAUGCCCUUAUACCUCUCCUCCCACAGCGGGUUCCUGCUGAAGAAGCUAACACACCAGUGGAGGUUCCACCCCAAACGCGCACCGAUGCAUUGGUGGAGUCAGCCAUCGCCAACGUUCGGGGCCAGCUCUCAGAUGUGUUCUCUUCCCCUAUGUGGUCCGGUCUAAACAAUUUUGUUGGAUCAGCUGAUACUUGCCGGAAGUAGUAUGAGAAAGAGAAGCAACCUCUACAAGUGCUAUAUUUUCUACUGCUUUUCGUUGAUGGAAAACAUGGCGUUCCUCUCAUCAGCUUCAGCCUAUGGCUGCUUUGCAUUAUAAGGUGGCGCUUUAUCUUCAGAGGCUGUUGCUAUACGCAAAUGCACCUGCCCCUGAAGAAGCAGCACUACAUGGCAUAGCUUGAGCUCAUCAGAUAGCUGCUUAUCCCUCGCCUACAGAACAUCCCCUUGUCAAACAAGUUAUGGCAGGUGCUAAGCGUAUCCUGGCGCGUCCAAAGGUGAAAAAGGCGCCAAUUACUGUAGCUCCGUUAGGACAGUUAGUUAAAGAUAAGGCCGGUCCUUUUGCUUCGUUGUACGAUUUAAGAUCAGCUUCGUUAUGUUUGUUAGCUUUUGCCGCGUUUUGAGAUGGAUGAAUAAGCAAAUCUCACUUUGCUAGAAGCACACAAUUUCCCUCUCUAAGUUGAUCGUUUUUAGCAGAUUUAAUAGAAGUCUCCAAAUAAUCUUCCCGAAAAGUUAAAUCUGACAGCUUCACAGAAGCCAACUUGUCCAGUGUCUAUGAUUUCUAGGUAUUUAAAAGAAGCAAAGUUGAAUUCUGAGUAUUUUAUGUGUCAAAUUUCUAAAUGUUUGUCAUGCUAUAAGCCUAGAGCAGGAAAAAAGAAAUUGGGUUAUACUAGGCUCAAAGAGCGAGCUAGUACUUGAAACGUUUUCAGGCAUUAUUCCGAAUACAAAAGAAAUCGGCACCCAUAGCCUUAAAAGUGGCGGUGGAACAGCAGCAGCAGGCGUCGCAAAUAGAUUAUUUCAAAGACAUGGCCGAUGGAAAAGUACUAGUGCAAAAGUUGGUUAUAUUAAGAGUAGUAAGGGGUGUGAGUAUAGGGGAUGGCAGGAAUGCGUAGAAUGUGGUAUAUUUGCUAGCUUAAAGGAUUUCCGGUGUCAAGUAUCGGUAUGUGUGGGCUGGGACCUAGGGGAGGAAAGGAAUGCAUGCGUAUCAAGUAUCGGUAUAUGAGAUGCCCUGGUGCCUAGGGGAGGAAAGGAAUGCAUUUCUUGUUACGCUAAGGGUUCGGUUAAAAGAGCCGCGUUGACGUAGUGCUGUGUGUUUAUUGUCCAGGGGGUAGUAUAAGGUCAUAGCGGCAUCGUUGUAUGAUGGGUUGACAGGAAUAAAAAGGUGCUUUUUUACUAGUUAAUGGUGUUGUCAUCUCUGUAAUACGGUUGGAUGGUUUAGCUAAUAAAAUAGCCAUGCCAAGGGUUGGUGCUCCCAGUUAUUGUCCCAGUGCAGCGGUUGUAGUGGUAAUGUACAGGCAUUUAAUUGUGAGUUUACUGAGUGGUGGCGGUCUCGGUCUUUGUUUCGGUCUACGUGUACCGGGUGCCUAUGUAAUUUGGCGGUCCUUUGUAGUACCCCUUCGCGCGUUUCUCCGUGAUGGGCACAGUAAAGAGGCUGAACGGACCGCAGGAGGUCAUUGCCAAGAGUAGUGAAAGUAUGGUUAACUGUGCUGUCAUAUUUAAGUAAUAUGGUUGGAUGGUGCAUAGGUUAUUAGCUUUUUAUUCCGUUUAAAAAAAGGGGGGGCUGUUUUAGGUUUUAUUUCCUGUUCUUUUUACAUCAGAGGAGGUACGAGUAAUAUCCCAUGAUGCACAACGAUCUCCCAUGACGCUUUGCGAAUUUGAAACAUAUUGCCGAUGCGUUCUACAUCCGAAAGGGGACGAUGUCCUGUCUCCGGACCAUCAGAAGAAACUCUGCGACUGCCUUAAUAGAUACAUCGCUCAUCUAUAUCUUUUGUGUUGGUAAAGCCGAGUUCCCUGUGGCUGUAGCGGGAGUUGAGUGGUUUCAGCUUGUUUUUCACCAAAUUCACGUAAGUUUUAUCGAGAAAAUCAGAGAUCGCAGAAACGCGCUGAUCCCCGCUACCGCGAAUGUCCCCUCUGAGUUUUGAGCAACAAAGAAGCCCUGCCUCGUAUAAAUUCAGCAUCUGAUCUUAAGGUAAGGGCGAUAACAUUGGUCGAAUUUGAAUGUCUAGGAGUUUGUAGUUGAGUCAAAAUUAAGCUAGAGUAAAGAGUUUUCACACAUUUGUUUUGUUUUGUAGUUUGAUGACGAAGACGGUCGCUCUUGUGUUGCGACUAUAAUUUGGGACUUUGAAAUACUGCCUUCCCCAUCACCUUCAGUUGUGACUCCUGAAAAAUGCACUGAAGACGCCACUGCCCACCUUUUAACGCCACUGGACCUGACUGAUGUGCUACAAUGCAAUUGCCUCUCGCCUACACCUUCUUGCUUGUGCAGCUUCGACGAAGCACCCCCCGGAUCUGGAUCUCCUCUACAGCCCGCUGAAAGCUUGCACAAUCUAUUAAUCGAAGACGACGAUCUAGAUGAUCUCAUGUUGUCCUAGAGCGAUCCCUCGUCAUCGGAGUCCGCCUCCUUCCCUUCCAACUCUAGCGCAACUCCACAAACUGUCGCUGCGCCUUCGACCGCCAUGCUCUUCUCAGAACAGUUUAAAGUGAAAGGAUCUAUGUGGGAGGACCGAUACCAAAAGGCCCUUGAAAUUGCUGCUAAAAAGCAGACUAAAAAGUGUGACAUUGAACUGAUAAUUGUACCUGAGCCGACGAAUAUACGUGACAAGAAUGCUAUCAGUUUUGCCGUGGUUGACAGCGGAUGUGAGAGAGUUAUUGGGUAUUGUCCUUUGGAAAAACUGCCCAAGCUUACCAGGGCCUUGAGAGAAGAAACAAAACCGGCAAUGAAGUGGACAAAUGCCCACGACACACUACUUGAUAGAGAAAUUCUGACAAACGAACCAUGGAUUUGCAGAAAUGGAUCCCAAGAAAGGGGUGAGAUUUGGAGCACAAUAGCCACCAUAUUAAACCCUAUAGAAGAACCAGUCUUUAAAGUAAGUCAGCGAUCUGUUAGGGAUCGCUACUUUUACACGCUAGAGAAAAACUACAAAGACAAGGUGAAGGCAGAGGCACGAGCCAGUGGAAUUUGUCCCAGCGAAAAAACAGACGUUGAUCAAGGUGUUCAAAAUAUCAUGGAGCUUUUCGAACAUGACAGCGAGAAUCAGACAAGAUCGGAGCAGAAAAAGCACACUGACGAGGACAAGGCUAAAGCCGAAGAAAUGCAAAAACAGUCGCUUGAAACCUUCAAAGAAAGUAGGAAAAGGGAAAACAACGAUGAGCCCAAACACAAAAAAAGAAAAGCGACUGGCUCAGAUAAGAUGAUGUAUUUGAAAGAAAGGGGAGAAAUCAAGGACAGAAAUAGGGCGGAGGAACUGAAGCUGAGAAAAGCUGAAAUCACAGAACAAGCUGAUGCGCGUAAAGCAGAGCUUGAAAUCAAGAGGCAGGAACUACAAGACAGAAAACAUAAACAGCCUAUGCAACAACAACAAAUGCAACAACAGCAAGCAGCCCUGAUGAUGACGCUAAUGGAAAAAGUACUAAAAAACAAGAAGCCCUAUAGUAUGAUUGUUUACUGCUUUUAUUAACAGGUACGGGGGGAUUUAAACAGCACAACCAUUUUAGGGUACUAAUCAAUACAAAAUGUCCUGUUGAGGGACUGUUCAUUUGAUAUCAGAAGAAGAAACAUUAAUUCGACCCACACCUAAUCCCACUCAAACAGCAAUUAUGUUUUAGAUACUCUCUCUCUCCUCCCCACUGUUGUUGUUUACUAGUAGAGUUUCAGUCAUGAUAGAAAUGUAUCCCUGAACAUGAAAGUGAGAGAAAGAUGAUUUCUCUACUGGUGAGCUUCCUCUUUUCCAACCAUAACUGAAUUAGGGAAAAAAUAGUAUCAUGAAAAAAUAGCGGACCCCCACUUUAGUGUCCUGUAUUUAUUGUGAACUUCCCCUAAUUCUUGCCAGCCCAUCCCUUACAGGAAGUAUAUAGGGGAAGUUUUCCUGUACUGCAAAAUUUAGAAUUCAAAAUGUGAGCAAAAACGUAUCAAAUGAUUUCCUUUUAAUCACCUUUUCAAUUGUGUAUUGCUUAUUAUUCCUUGAAAAAUAAUUUUAUUCAAACCUGAUUUGGUUCGGAUAAAAAAGCUUUGCAUAACAAAAUAUUAUUCGCUCAAUUUUGAAUACUAAUUAGUCUCUCGGACCUCUAUACCUUUUAUACCGGCAACUUGUGUUUAUUAAUAACAAUAUUGGUGUACAGGGGGAACUCAACACAAGUUUGGGUAUAGGGAUGCUGCUGAGGGUUUCAUUCCUGUUUAUGAUAACACCCUUAAAUUUUAGGACCCUGUUCAGGACAAUAUCCUUAAUGUUGCAAUGUGUUUUGUCCUAAAAAAAAAACCUCGAGUGUAACCGCCCUGAGUAAGGACGGAAAGAAAUGUCCGAAACGUUGGAAUAUCUUUUGACUCUGUUUGUCCUAUUCAUUUUAUUUAGUCCUAAACAAGACAAAACGCAUUGCAACAAGUCAACAUUUCUGCUGGAAUUCACUCAUGUUGUCACAACUAAAGUGAGGGGUUUUCGUGUGAAAGUAAGUUCAGCUAUCUUUUCCCUGUCUAGGACAGAACAGAAAGGCCAAAAAUAUUAAUCCCCUGUUCAGGUAAAAAACCAAACCCUGACCAGCAGCACAUCCCCAUAUAGCCCAUAUAAGGGAGUGUCCCCCCACUCCAGGAUUGGAAUAGUUUUAUUGGUAUAUACAUUAUUAUUGCUCCUGAGUCAAAACACAUCAAGAUGUCCAACCUCCAACAAUUUUCAAUUGUUGGAGGUUGGACAUCAAAGUACUCUGUUGUGUUGUUACCAUAGAGACACGCUUGGGAAUUGUGAAGUAGAUCACAUGUAUUGUACAUUUUGCCAACAACACUAAGACACACCUUCAAAUUCUUUUGGAAUUCAAUGAAUUUAAAAUUGAUUAUAUCUCCAAAGAUCCACUCGACAGAUACCCUUACUUCAUCUCAUAAAUUAGCAUGGCGGACACAAGAAUUUUUUCCGCUCUCCACGAAAACGGAAAUUUUAGUUAUCAUUCACUUCGGAAAGCAAAAUUAGUCUCAGAUAUCUGUAAGGAAACUUUUAGUACUUCGUUUCAAGAGGCUAUUCGCGAUUUCAGAGACUCCCUACAGCCAUUGGCACUGAAUUCCGCACCAUUGAUAUCUGACAACUCUUCUGAUGAAAGGGAUGAAGCACUUCAUAGCGAUAUACAAGAACCGCUACUGAAUGGGAAGAAUCUCGAGUCGAAUACAAUUACUUCAUUGAAAGAAGAACUUACUAGGCGAGCUCUCUCUACAGCAGGAAAAAAAAAUGAUCUGGUCAGCCGUUUGAGAAAGGCAAUGGCGUCGGUCGCGAAGGACUGCUUCGCCGGUAACGAAGGAGUCAGUUGGAUAGAUCUGCUGAGAAUAAGCCUGAACCUCAGAGGCAAGUUUGUCAUUGCCAUCAGCUUUUCCUUGAGCUCAAGAAGGAUAUCGAUCAACUGAGGGGCAAACAGUGUUCUGAAGAUUUCAGGAAUCAAAAUAAUACUCUUCGUCUACAAGUGUUAGCUUUGGAAGAGGAAUGUCAAAAAAUUUCUGAAGAGAGAGGUUCAUUAAAGCUUGCGCUGCAAAUAAUGUUUAAAGAAUUAUAUUCCUGCACCAAGUCAAGUAGUCCUGCUUCUACACUGAAUGGGGCAGUUGAACUGGGCAGCGAGCAACUCCAACCUAAAUCUACAGCAGCGUCUUCAGACGCUCAAACAAAGGGGAAAAAGAAAAA